GUGUAUGUACCGUGCGUGUGCGCAUGCGCGUGUUGAGCGCUGUUUAUGUUGGAGUGUGUAUGUUUGAGUGUGCUCCACCACCUCAACAUAUUACGCACUUUACGAACCGACCGCGCGGACACCAAGAUGGCCGCAGCCGCCCCUAAUCCAGAGGACGCCAGCCGAAACGGCGGCGGGCCAAGCACGACAAGUGCUCUAGCGGGAGACGGAGAGUCUGAGGAGGCUGAGGAGUUUGCCUCCGCGACCCACUGCUCGGAGCUCUCCCGGCGGCAGAACGAGCAGCGGAAGGCCGGGCUCUUCUGUGACGUGACACUGGCGUUCAGCAGCGCCCCGGGAGCUACCAACACAUUCGAGUUCAGCGCCCACCGUUCCGUUUUAGCUGCAGCCACGGAUUAUUUCACGCCGCUACUCGGGGGUCAAUUUUCAGAGUCGGUGACGCGGCGGGUGGAGAUGAAGGAGUGGAGCAGCGAGGCAGGCCUCGACCAGGAGACAGUGGAGAGCGUCAUCCAGUUCAUGUACACUGGCGAGAUACGAGUGAGCACUGCGAACGUGCACGAGGUUCUGGAGCUUGCUGACAGGUUCUUGCUUGUGCAAUUGAAGGAUUUUUGUGGAGAAUUUCUCAAGAGGAAGCUCAGCCUGGGCAAUUGUGUCGCCGUCCAUAGCCUUGCACACAUGUACACUUUGGAUCAACUGGCCUUACGUGCUGCUGAUAUGAUUCGUCGCAACUUCCACAAAGUCAUCCAGGAUGAGGAAUUUUACACGCUUCCAUUCCACCUGGUCAGAGACUGGCUGUCAGACGCAGAGAUCACAGUUGACUCUGAGGAGGUUUUAUUUGAUGCGGUGGUCAAAUGGGUUCAGAAGAACUCAGAAGAACGGAUAAAGUAUUUUGAGGAGCUUUUUCGUCUUCUCAGGCUGCCACAGAUAAAGCCAACGUAUCUUACAAGAGUUGUGAAGAAUGAGCCUUUGGUUGUGCAGAAUGCAGCCUGCCUACAGCUUGUGUCAGAGGCUGUGGAGGGUCAUGCAAUCCGCUUUGAGAACCUCAAAUCAGCAGAUACAGAGUUCUGGGCUUCAUACAUGGCCACAUUCCAACCAAGAUUUGGCCAGAACAUGGAUGUCAUCAUGGUGGUCGGCGGAGUCUCUGAAGGUGGUGACUACCUGAGUGAGUGCGUCGGGUACUUUGUGUAUGAAGACCGUUGGGUCAAUUUGCCACAUAUCCAUAACCAUCUGGAUGGUCACGCUAUUGCGGCCACUGAUACCCAUGUAUAUGUGGCUGGGUCCAUGGAGCCAGGAUUUGCCAAGACAGUGGAGCGCUACAAUCCAAAUCGCAACACCUGGGAACAAGUGAGCAACCUCACCACACGCAAGCAUUCCUUUGGCCUCACCUGCAUCAAAAAUAUUCUGUAUAGUAUUGGCGGUCAUGGCAACUUCAGCCCUGGCUUUAAGGAUGUGAGUGUCUAUGAACCUGACCAAGACAAGUGGCACAACCUAGAAUCUGCUCCUAAGAUUUUGAGAGACGUCAAGGCCAUUAGCGUCGAAGAUCGAUACGUUUAUGUCAUGGCGCGAACACCCAUAGAUACUGACAGCGAUGAUGGGUUGAAGACGGUGACUACUCGCUACGACACUGACAGUCGCCAGUGGCAAGAAGUCGAUUCCUUACCGCUUAUCGACAACUACGGCUUGUUCCAAAUGGCUGUAGCAUCGACUAACUUCUACCACACGGCUUCUUGCUGUCCCAAGAGCUACACCAAUGUACGUGACGAUGUAGCUCGUCAGAAGAUCAGCGCAAGGAUAUCUGAUGAUAUUCUUGAGAGCCUUCCCCCAGAGGUUACUAGUAUCGAGGGUGCUGCUAUCUGCUAUCUUGGUGAUGAUGUGUUUGUGAUUGGUGGCUGGAAGAACAGUGACGAUGUGGAUAAGCAGUAUCGCAAGGAGGCAUACCGUUAUUGUGCUGAGCGCAAACGCUGGAUGCUUCUGCCGCCCAUGCCCCAGCCACGAUGCCGUGCCACAGCAUGUCACGUUCGCAUUCCCUACCGCUUUCUAUAUGGCUGUCAGCGUUACCCAAUGCCACAGAAUUUGGCACGCCAGAGGGACCGUAUGCAGCAAAUGCAACAGUUACAUCGUCGCACGUUAACUCUACGCAGGCAGUUACAAUCACAGAUUGAAUGCUGAGAGCCCUUGUUGCUCAAUAGUGCAAAUAAUGCUGCAAAAAUCCUGAUAAUUGAGUGUCUUCAGCAUUCUCAUGAUCCCAUUCUUAUUAACAUGUGUAUUAUUUGUUUACUUGUGACAUUUCAUCACCAGGACAGUGAAUGAAAUGGCUGAAGCUAGUAUAUAAAGAGCGUAUUUUCAAUGUGAUUUUGUAUAAUGGAAUCAUAUAAAUAUGUAAAAAAAGAUAAGUUUGUAAAUAUCUGUACAUUGUUUCAUUGUUUCAUGGCCUUGCAUGAAUUUGCCUUAUUCCUGCUGUCGGCAAGUUGCAGAAUGCUGCACAUUGUUAAUUUAUUCCAAGUGGUGAUGGUUGUCCUGCUACAUUUGUGGGUUUUUAGGUUGUUUGUUUUGCAGGGAGUGAUGUGUUUAACCAUUUUCCCAGCUGUAAUGAAUCACCAGGUUUUUUUUCUUUUUAGAACCGUUCAAAAACUAAUCAUUAAUAACUACAAAAAGAUCCACUACAUCUUUAUUCCCUUCACUUGUAAAUUAGUUCCUGGUCUUAAUUCUGAUUAUUUUACUUAUUUGGCACUUGAAUGCAAUUCUUUCACAAUCUUUGUUAAUAUUUGCAUAUAUAUAUAUAUUAACUUUAAAGCACAGGGAAUAAAGAUGAAGUUGUGGCUUUUUUUUUGUUUUUUGUGCAUAAAGUCUACAUCAAAGCUAAGAUGUUCAGAAUAUAGUCAAAGAUCCAUUACCUCAGUGUCAAGGGUUGUACCUUGUAAACUUACUUAAAAUAAUGUCAUUGAUGGUGCACUCUAUUCCAUUUCAAAAUCUCUCAAAUUCCAUUUUUUUUUCAUAUAUAUUUGUUAAGCCUCCUAAGCUGUCAUGCAUUGCCUGUCAAUAAUUGUUAACAUUUCCCAUCAACCAAGUGUAGUUGUCCAUUCCAGUUUUAAUAAGGCAUCUACUGAUGGUACCCUCACUGCAUCUUUGUAUUUGUUAAAUAUAUAAUGCCAUUUAUAAUCAAUUUUUGUUUAUUUAUUGGAAAUCAGUUUUCAUCUACAUUCCCAUUUGUUUUUAUCUCCUCAAAACUUUUUUCCUGUCUUUUACAAUAUGUGAUGUUUGAAGUCUUUUACAAGAAAACUCAGUGCACUUCACUUAGGUUAAAACUUGUCAAGCAAUCAUUGGCACCAUCUAGACCAGAAAACAUUUUGUAAUGUUCACCUGAAGAACAUUUAGCCAUUACCACAGUCCACACCAAAGUCUUAAAGUGUCAUCUUAGCUGAACUAAUGUGACACUACGAUGUUAAAAUCUCUUCUAAAUGAAAGAUAAAAAUGGCUUUGACGAUGCAUCUAUAGCCCUCGUAUUGACUUUCAUAUUUUAAUAUUCAUUUCAUACAGGUAAAAACAUCAUAAAACAUACAGUGAACAUACAUUAUUAAGCCUUUUUCAAACAUUUUCCUGCAUAUUGGAGACCAUAGGAUUUUAGAUAUUGUAUUCAAUGGGAAAUGUAAGUUUUGUGUCUCUCAUGUUGAGAUGUGGUUUAAUAGUGUUAAAGAUCUUUAUCUGUUUCUUUCCUUCUUGCACAGAGAAAAUGUAUAUGUAUGUAUUGACUGUGAAAGUGUCUAGACAUCAAGAGUAUCAUGGCUGGGAUGUUAAGGCUGGCUCGUUGUUUUAAAGUCUUUGAAGGGCGAAUAUAGUUCUUUGCACGUGUUAUAAAGUAUGCACAUGUUGUGGAUCUCCGUGAUUUGCAAUAAAUAUAUAUAAAAAA